UAAACGGCUGCUGGGAGGCCCCUGGGCCCAGGCUGCGGGCGCGGGUCUCCUGUGAGCGUCGGCUGCAGGCUGUCUCAGAUCCUUUAUAUUUGAAGUACACAGAAAUGAAAAGAAAGGUUGUGAAUGCUGGGAAGCUGAGAUUGAGUCCUAAUGAAGAAGCCCUGAUUUUGAAGGAAGAUUAUGAAAGAAGACGAAAACUAAGAUUGCUUCAGGUCCGAGAACAAGAAAGGGGCAUUGCCUCCCAGAGAAGAGAGGACACAAAGCACAGGAGAAACCGGCAGCUGACUCGCUUAGCUGAGGAGCUAAGGGAAGAAUGGGAAGAAGCACAAACCCAAAAAAUACAGAACUUGGAAAAGUUGUAUUUGGCAAGUUUAAGAAGUAUGGGAGCUGGACAUCAACAGGCCAAAGAAAAUGAACCGGAUUUGGAUGCUCUGGCUUGGCGGGCAGCAGAAAGGAAAAGAAAAGCAGAAAUGAGGCAUAAAGAAGCCUUGAAAGUACAGAGAAAUCAGAAGGAAAUGUUAAUGAAACAGAAAACCUGGCAUAUAAAGGCUCGAAAAGAUGCACUGCUUGUGGAAAAAGAGAGAUCUGCCAAAGUAACAAGUCUGCCACCACCUGUUCCAGCUGCUUUUGAGAAUAUUGAAGUGAAAAGAAUUUCUUCAUUGAAAACCAAUAGUUCUACCUAUCAUCAUCUUUCCAGUUUUGUGACUAGACAGAUGGACACAGAGCAGCCAGAUGCUCAUUUGGCUGCUAAAGAAGCAGCUAAACGACUGGAAGAACUGCAGAAACAGGCUGCACAGGAGAGAGAGGAACAAUUCGAAAGGGCACAUGUACGCGGUACCAAGGCCAUGAAAAAGAUCCAGUUGGCCCAGAAUCAAGAGAAACUAAUGAAAGAACUCAAGCAGCUACAACAAGAAGACCUGGCACGUAGGAGGCAGACUGUAGCACAAAUGCCACCACAGCUGGUUGAACUUCCAUACAAACGCAGUGAAAUUAAAGAAGACUGGCAGCGAGAGCUGGAGUUUGCCUUUGAGGAUAUGUACAAUGCAGACAGGAAGGUGAAAGGAAACCUGAUUUUACAUCUUGAGCCAGAGCCUUUGCCUGCUGUGUCUGAUCAGAUCCAAGACGAAGAAUUGGACAUUUCAAUGGAGCAGGAAAAUGAAGAUGAAGCCAGGAACCUUCCAGUGACAGAUGCUGACAAAGGUUCUAGUGAAGCAGAUGUAGUACCCUUUGCAAUGAAGAACCAGCAACUUCCUUCAAAAGUUCUUUUUAAAAGAUUACUAAAUAAGAUUCGAAACCAAAAAUCUCUCUGGACAAUUAAAUCCAUGUCUGAGGACGACAGUGAAACAGCUGCAACUAUUAGUGAAGCUGAGAGUCAAGUGCCAGCAGUGGACUUGGGAGAAGCCCACAGUGAGGAAGGAGCGCUAUCAUCUGAGCAGGAGCAAGUCAUGGGAAGUGACAUACUGACAAUUGAGUCUGGACCUCUUAGUAGUGAAGAUAAACAACUUCCUUGCCAAGCAUACUCUGGAAAGGAACAAGCAGUCAAUGAAACUCCACCUGUCACAGCUGUUGCUCAGAGUUCAGUUCUGCUCCAUCCUCAAGAAGAAGCUGCCAGAAUUAGAAUGUCAGCAAGGCACAAACAGAUAAUGGAGAUAGAAGAGCAGAAGCAAAAGCAAUUGGAAUUACUUGAACAAAUUGAACAACAGAAAUUAAGAUUAGAAACUGAUUGCUUCAGGGCUCAGCUGGAAGAAGAAAAAAGAGAGAAAACUCAACAGACUGAGGUUGCUCCAGCAUCGUGUGACAUCAUUUCUGAUGAACACAGUCAUAGGCAGAUGAUUCGUAACUAUCAGCAACAACUUUUACAACAAAACAGGUUACAUAGGCAGUCUGUUGAAACUGCCAGAAAACGAUUACUUGAGUAUCAGACUAUACUAAAAAGAAGAUAUCCAUCCAUGUCAGCCACAUCAUUGGUAUCUGAUUCUGUUAUAUCAGUACCACCAUGGAAAUCUGAAAAAUUGACUACAUCAGAGCAUAGGGAUCAGAGCCAGAGACUCAAGUUAAGUCCUAACAAAUAUCCACCUAUGAAACCCAUACAAAUUCCCAGAGGGGAACAAGGCAAUAUUCAGGAGCCAAGACAAUAUCACUUUUCCCAGAAACAAGCAGAAACGGCAGAAACAUUAAACACUUUGGAUGUGUUAGCUAAGCAGCGUUUGGAGUCUCAAGAUCACCUACGGCAAUUCCAGUUGGAAACACAGCAGAGAGACUAUAAAUUGAUCCCUAAAGAUUCUCACAUACUUUCGAGAGCUUUGUCUUUUGAUAGGCCACAAACAUUACAGGAUGCUAGAAAAAUGCCUGAAACAUUUAGGGUAACAACUUUUCAAAGUUUAGAUUCUCAACAAAUAUUGUCAGUAAAUAGUGAAAAUUUGUUUUCUAAGCCAAAUGAACUUUCUUCAUUCCUACCACUGGUACCUGAGCAUUCUUUUACUUGUCUCCCUGUUAAAGGCGAAUCUGGAAAAACUCAGGAACCUUUUUCAAACAUAAGCAAAAGUGCAGUUUCUAUAAACCAAACUGUACUGAGUCAAGUGCAUGGUCAGCCUGUGGUAUCCUCGGAGACUAUCACAGCCCAGCAAGGCAAUUUGAAGGCUCUCCAAGAACAGUUAGAACUACAGAAGGAAAUUCUUCAGGCAAGACAGGAAGCUCAGGAACAGUUGCUUCUGUGCAAACAGCAAAAACUUGAAGAGCAAAAUGGCCUCUCCACUUUGCUCCCAGUGGCAGCUGGAGAGUCAUUUGUUUCACUGCCACCUGUCAAGGGUGGACCAAGAAGAAUCCAGGAAUCUCCUGCCAGAAACAUUACUGCUGCAUCCUUGGGCGAUGUGGAUGAGUUCAGGGGGGUUCCAGAACCUAUCUUAUUACAGCAAAAUAAUUUAAAAUUUCUCCAAGAACAAUCCAAUAUGCAGAGAGAUAAUCUUCAGGCCAGACGAGAAGCCCAGGAAGUCUUGUUUACAUGUAAAGAGAGUGAACUGGAUGGAAGGAUUGGGGCUGAACAGACUGGGCCUCAUCAAGUAGUUCUGCAUCCAUUUACUUCACUACCAUUUGCUGAUCAUAAAUCUAGGAACAUCCAGGAGCAGCAUUUACCUAAGAGUGAGAAAGGGCUUCUCUCAAGCCAGUCUGAAAUCCCAAGAUCUCAGGAUGGGUCUUCAAGUUUCCUACAGCAAUUCCUACCUCUACGUGAUAGUUUGAAGCUACUGCAGCACCAGCUCACUUCACAGGAGGAUACACUUCAGGCCAGACAUAAUGCUCAAGUGGAACUCCUUUUACAGAGACAAAAGGAUUUGGGAGGCAGUAUGUCUGGGCCGGUGAGUUCUUCGUUCUCAUCAUUGGUUUCCCAGAAAUCAGUUUCCUUGCACACAGCUAUGGAAGCUGAGUCUAGAUUUCAGAAACUGUAUUCAUCUGAGAAGGAGAAUAUAAUUCCCUCUGGUCAUUUGAUCAUCCCAACACUUCAGGAUACAUCUCUUCUCUCCCCACAGCACAGCCCACCAAAAGAAGAAAAUUUGGCAGUACUUCAGGAACAGUUAGACAUGCAGGAGGUAACACCUGAUGCUGGAGAAGAGACUCGGGAAUUUAUCCACAAACAAAGUGAGCAGACUAGCACCUCUUCUUCACCAUUCCAGGUAGAUGAAUCAGAAAGGUUCCAGGAGUUUAUGUCAAUCAAGAGUGACAGUACGGGUCCCUCGAGCCAUUCUAAGAUUCCAAGAUUUCGGGAAAGACUUCUUAGAUUUUCCCAGCAUAUACUUCCUCUACAAGAUAAUUUGGGGCAACAGCAAGAAUGGCUAGACACAGAAAGAGAGGUCAUUCAAGUUAGCCAGCAAACCCAAGAAAAUAUAUCUUCUAAACAGACUGGUUUUUCAUUGACACCCCAAUUAGGACAGCCUUCUUAUAUGUCAUUGCCUUCUGUUGGCUCUGGUACAAGACAGGAACUUUCAACAGAGAGUGACAGUAAAAUAACUUCAAGCCAUCUUCAGAUUCCAGAGCUACAGGAUAGGCUUUUAAAGAUAUCCCAACUUAUUCAGCCUCAGCAAGACAAUCUAAAGGCCCUUCAAGAACAGCUAGCUACACAGAGGGAAGUCAUCACUCAGACUAGAUGGGAAGCUCAUGAAGAAGCACUUUCACAAAAACGAAAAGGGUGGAGAGGGAAGACGUCCCCGGAGCAGGUUGGUGUAUCUUCACCUUCAGCAGCUGAGCAUUCAUUUCCUUCUUCACCACUUCCUGAAUCUGAAAAAAAAACUUUUAGUUCAACUACCAGUGAUAAUACAAUCUCCUCAAGACAUUCUGAGAUGCUGGUUUUGCCUGACAGUGCAUUGGACUUACCACAUACUGAUUUACCUCAACAAGGUAACCUGAGUGCACUGCAAGAACACUUGCAUGCACAGACAAAUCCCUUUCCUUGCACAGAGAAAAUCCAGAAAGAGUUUCUGUUAUCCAGGCAGUGUAAACUUGAGGAAGAUGUAUCUUCUAGGCAUUUUAUCCCACCUCAUCUUGGUUAUUUAAAGGCACUUCAACAACAGUUAGAUAUACAACGGAAAUCCAUUAGGUCUGGCCAGGAAAUCCAAGAGGAACUGCUUUUGCAAAGAUUAACUAAAUUGGAGCAAAGGGUAUUAUCUGAGCAAAGCAGCUCCAUCCCCUUCUCAUCUCAGGUAGCCAACUCUGAAGGAACCCAAAAAUCUUUGCCUGCCAAAAGUGGUGAUCCUGGCAUCCUAAGGGCACAAGGCAGGAUUUUGACCUUUUCACAACCUCUUCUGCCUCAGCAUGAUCACCUGACACUGCAGUUGGACUUAGGAAGGGAGGAAGUAUUUCCUAGGGAGAAAUCCCAGGAACUGCUUUUAAACAAACAAAAGAUGAAAAGUGAAUCAGAUGAGCAUGUUCUCUCUUCUUUGUGCCUGUCGAAGGAAAUAGAGCAUUCAUUCAUUCCACUACCUUUUGCAGAAGCUAAGCCUAAAAACAUUUGUGAAUUGGGCCCAUCUAAAAAUGCGCAUACAGCUCUCUCAAGUGAUUCUGUGAUCCCAAGACUUCAAGAUAGAUGCUUGAGGUUUUCCCAGCCUGUCUUAACUCAGCAAGAAAAUGUAAGUCUUCAGAAGCAGUUAGAUCUACAAAGAGAAGUUCUGCAUUCUAGCCAAAAGGCCCAAGAAGAAUUACUUAAACAGAGGCAAACAGCACUGCAGCAGCAGAUCCAAAAACAUCAAGAAACUUUGAAGGACUUCUUCAAUGGUAGUAAGGCAAGCAAGCCCACAGAUGAAAGUGACUUUAAAAUGCAGAUGAUAGAUCAGCUCAGAGAAUGGCUUCCUCACAUACCAGACCUAGCUAGAAGUGAUGAGGAGAGCAUUGGUCUUGCAGAUAGGAACAGCUCUGAUGGUAAUCAGCUGCUUUCAGAAGAUGUUAGUGUCGAGCAUGGUGAGCAUCUGGACAAAGCACUGGGCACAAAAGUCUCAAAGCCACCUGUAGCCAAAGUGAUAUGUGGUUUGGACUUAAACCAACAUGAACUUAGUACUAUACAAGAAGUGGAAUCACCAGCAAGUGGCAAAACUUCUACACCAGGUAAACCAGAUUUCUGUCAGGACAGAGACCCCUUGAGAGUGUCAGUAAGCCGAGAACAAAAUUUUCUAGUGAGCCCACUGGCCAGGGAUCCUUUUGGUAGUUGUGAACCAUCUGUUGAAGCAGUUAAGGUCAAGGAAGCUGCUGCUGAGAAUCAUGCAGUAUUGAGUUAUGCUGUCUCAGAGGAAGACGACAGAUGUCUGGGCCCGACUCUGGAGCCAGAUAAUAAGGAGAUUUCUCAUGAGCGGUCACCUUCAGUAACUAUUUCUACUGGCAGCUUUUUAAGUCAUGAAAACACAGAUUUGAGUCUUACAGAACCAGGGUCAUUUUCAGAACUGGACCAUCAAGAACUAGAAUCUACCACCAGUAAACACAAGGGAACAAACAACUUAUGUUCUGUAGUUCCUUUAGCACAAAUUCUGUAUGAGCAGAACUCCUCGGAUGUUCAUAAAUCUCUGUUGUCCCAUGAAGCAUACACACCUGAUCAUAUACACUGUCAGAUUAUAGACAAGUACAGAGAUGAAGCCAAUCUGAUACCUGAAAAAACGGACUUGUGGGUUGACUUUGAUUUCCCAGAAUUGGAACACAUUUUUCCGAAUUUGCACCGUCAGCUCUUUAAACCCUUAGAACCGCGUCUGGAUUUUAAUUUAUCACCUUCAUCCUCUGGGAUUUCUCAAGACAACAGAGACUUUCACCAGAGGUCAGAGUCUUCAUUUGGAAAACACCUUUGCAAUGUAUCACCCGCAAGUUCUUUUACUGCACUGAGGACUGACUUACAUUCCUUUAAUAAUAUGAGGCUGAACCCACAGCCAGACACUAACCUGGCUCAUGCUGAUCAAAGCUUUGCUACACAAAAUACUGAGGAGUCUGAACAGUCUUUUAAACAGCUUCUACCAGAAGCUUCCUCACAGGAGAGUCAGCAUGAUCUACCAAGUAUUUACAGCAUUGAAGCAAGACAUUCUCCUCAAGACAUGGAAAAUUUCAGCUAUUCUUCCAAAGAACUAGCUGAAAUACUAAGCAAUAAAAAGAGUGUUCAUUUCCAGUCUUCUAUAGAGAACUUGGAUUCAGUCUGCAGGACAUCUGAUGCUGUGUUUGAUCAGUUACAUGUAGAACACAGUACUCCAUAUGGGUCUAGCUCUGGGCAGUGCUUGAUGAAACUACAAAGCAAACCAAAGCUGGGCUCUCAAGAACAUCUGGAAACAGAAGCUGUCACAAUGUUACAAGACACUGACUCUCAAUUAUGUGUAAGGACAAUAGAGAUGGGAACUUCAGAACAGGCACCACAUUCAUUAAGUGUUGAAGAUAAACUUUAUGAGAGUGGAACUGAAACCUCAAAAGGCUUAAGAAACAUCUCUUCACAAGCACAAGCAGAGGUCUUCCCGAGAUCUGAAUCACUUUCAUUACAAAGCUCUAUUCCAGUCUGGGAAACAGAAUCUGGCCAUGGUAUAAUGGAAGAACCAGAACUUACUUUAGUAAGCAUCAGUGAUAUCAGUAUUGCUGAAACAGAUUUUGCAAACUUAGCACUAGAAGAGAGUGAAAAUGAGGCAAAAAGCUGUUUACAGGCUAGUGCAUUAGAAUCCUCAGAUUAUCCAGUGGUAUCAGAGCAGCCAGCAGCUUUACCAGAGAGUUUACAAGAAGCAUUUGCCAAAAGGAAAAAGUCAUUUAUGGAGCGAUCCUACCAAAGACAAAGAGAAAUACAGAGCAAAGCACGAGCCUCUAAAAACACUCAAGUAAAAACAGGUUCCUUCCAGAGCCACAGAGGCAAAGUGUCUCUUCCUGAAGAAAGAAAGACUGCACAAAGUGCUCUGAGAUUACACAAUCAACUGCUUGAAGUGAAACAGCAAAAGGAACAGAAAGCAAGGCAAGAAGCUUAUGCUCAGAACAGAGCAAGGGCAAAGGAAUUUCACAAGAAAACACUAGCAAAACUUCGAGCCAGAAAUAUAUGCUGAUUUCACAGACUGUAAAUAUUUGCAAAGCCAUUAAACUUUUAUUUAAGAGAUUUCCCAUCCAUGUGCUUCCUUCAUUGUCCAUCAUAGUCACCUUAGUCCUGCUGAAAUUAAACUUUUAUUUAAGAGAUUUCCCA